GCGCGGUGCGGCGCGGCGUGCGUGCGUGCGCGGCGGAAGCGCGGGACCGCGGCGUGGCGCGGGGCCGGCGGCCGGCGCGUCUCCACGCCAUGAACUACCCGGGCCGCGGGGCCCCGCGGAGCCCCGAGCAGAGCGGCCGGGGCGGCGGCGCCUGGGAGCGGGGCGCGGACGCGGAGCCGGCGUUCGGGGGCGGCGUCUGCUGCUUCGACCGCCUGCCCGGCGGGGACCCGGGCGACGGCGAGGUGCCGCUGGCCCUGCUGCGCGCGGAGCCCGGGCUCGGCGACGACCACUACGACUUCGACUCGGCCGAGUCGGGCCCCUCGCUGCGCUUCUACAGCGAGGCCGGGAGCGGCGGCGGCGGCACCUCCUCGUCGCUGCACCCGCCGCCGCCGCCGGGGCCGUCGAGCCCGGGGGACGGCGGGGCGGCGGAGGGGGGCCCCGCGGAGAGGAGGUGGCCCCGGCCCGGCGGCGCGGCCGCCCGGCACCGCUACGAGGUGGUGACGGAGCUGGGCCCGGAGGAGGUGCGCUGGUUCUUCAAGGAGGACAAGAAGACCUGGAAGCCCUUCAUCGGCUACGACUCGCUCCGCAUCGAGCUCGCCUUCCGGACCCUGCUGCAGGCCACGGGCGGCCGGCCCCAGGCCGAGGACCCGCGCGGCGACCGUGCUUGCGGCCCUGCCUCCAGCUCCGGGGAGGACGACGACGACGACGACGAGCGCGGCUGCGGCUUCUGCCCGCGCGCGGCGGGGCGCGAGCCCGCGCUGGAGGAGCUGGUCCACGUCGAGCGGGUGUGUGUGCGCGGCGGCCUCUACGAGGUGGAUGUGACCCAAGGAGAGUGCUACCCGGUGUACUGGAACCAGGCCGAUAAAAUACCAGUAAUGCGUGGACAGUGGUUUAUUGAUGGUACUUGGCAGCCUCUGGAAGAAGAAGAAAGUAAUUUAAUUGAGCAAGAACAUCUCAGCUGUUUUAGAGGUCAGCAGAUGCAGGAAACUUUUGAUAUUGAAGUGUCAAAAUCCAUAGAUGGAAAAGAUGGCAGUGGGAUCAGCUAUUCUGUUGUCUACCACCUCCCUCCCUUCUCCCUCCCUUCUCUGUUCAAAUGGAGAGGAUAUAAGGAGAGUACAGAUGCGGCAGGUCUUAAGCGAAAGCGUUCCCAAGCCAUUCACAGUUUCAAGUUGAGUCGAAACCAUGUGGACUGGCACAGUGUGGAUGAAGUGUAUCUUUAUAGUGAUGCAACAACAUCUAAAAUAGCAAGAACAGUUACCCAAAAACUGGGAUUUUCUAAAGCGUCAAGUAGUGGGACCAGACUUCAUAGAGGUUAUGUAGAAGAAGCAACAUUAGAAGACAAGCCAUCACAGACUACCCAUAUUGUGUUUGUUGUGCAUGGUAUUGGGCAGAAAAUGGACCAAGGAAGAAUUAUCAAAAAUACAGCCAUGAUGAGAGAGGCUGCAAGAAAAAUAGAAGAAAGGCAUUUUUCUAACCAUGCAACACAUGUUGAAUUUCUGCCUGUUGAGUGGCGGUCAAAGCUUACUCUUGACGGAGACACUGUUGAUUCCAUUACUCCUGACAAAGUACGAGGUUUAAGGGAUAUGUUGAACAGCAGUGCAAUGGACAUAAUGUAUUAUACUAGCCCACUUUAUAGAGAUGAACUAGUUAAAGGCCUUCAGCAAGAGCUGAAUCGAUUAUAUUCCCUUUUCUGUUCUCGGAAUCCAGACUUUGAAGAAAAAGGGGGUAAGGUCUCAAUAGUGUCACAUUCCUUGGGAUGUGUGAUCACUUAUGACAUAAUGACUGGCUGGAACCCAGUCCGCCUCUAUGAACAGUUGCUGCAAAAGGAGGAGGAGUUGCCUGAUGCGCGAUGGAUGGGCUAUGAAGAGCGACGUCUCCUUGACGAGCUCUAUUUAACAAAACGGCGGCUGAGAGAAAUAGAAGAACGGCUGUGUGGACUCAAGGCAUCAUCUGUGACACAAACACCUGCCUUAAAGUUUAAGGUUGAGAAUUUCUUCUGCAUGGGAUCCCCACUAGCAGUUUUUUUGGCAUUGCGUGGCAUCCGCCCAGGAAACACUGGAAGUCAAGACCAUAUUUUGCCCAGAGAGAUUUGUAACCGGUUACUAAAUAUUUUUCAUCCGACAGAUCCAGUGGCUUAUAGAUUAGAACCUUUAAUACUGAAACACUACAGCAACAUUUCACCUGUCCAGAUCCACUGGUAUAAUACUUCCAAUCCUCUACCUUAUGAGCAUAUGAAGCCAAGCUUUCUCCACCCAGCAAAAGAACCUACCUCAGUUUCAGAGAAUGAAGGCGUUUCAACAGUACCAAGCCCCGUGACCUCACCAGUCUUGUCCCGCCGACACUAUGGGGAAUCUAUAACAAAUAUAGGCAAAGCAAGCAUAUUAGGGGCUGCGAGCAUUGGAAAGGGGCUCGGAGGAAUGUUGUUCUCAAGAUUUGGACGCUCAUCUGCAUCACAGCCAUCUGAGACAUCCAAAGACUCCCUAGAAGAUGAGAAGAAGCCGGCUGCCUCGCCUGCUACCACCACUGUGGCAACACAGACCCUUCCACACAGCAGUUCUGGGUUUCUUGAUUCUGCAUAUUUCAGACUUCAAGAAUCGUUCUUUAAUCUCCCACAACUUCUUUUUCCGGAAAAUGUAAUGCAGAAUAAAGAUAAUGCCCUCGUGGAACUGGAUCACAGAAUCGAUUUUGAGCUCAGAGAAGGCCUCGUGGAGAGCCGCUAUUGGUCAGCUGUCACCUCGCACACGGCCUAUUGGUCAUCCUUGGAUGUUGCCCUCUUUCUUUUAACCUUCAUGCACAAGCAUGAGCACAAUAACAAUGCAAAACCCAGUUUGGAUCCUGUCUGAACUCUUGAAGGACAUUAAUGGCCCAAAACUCAUUUUUUUCUGUUAAAAUAUGUGUGUCAAGGUAUGGAGACUUCAGGUUUAAGUAUGUUCCAAUUUUGUUUAGAGCAAGAAAUAUUUGCAUUUAAAAGCACUUUAUUUUAUUCUAAAAACAAAACAUUUUUUCAGUCCGAAAGAAGUUAUUUACAGGUUUCAUCAUUUUAAUUGUCAGUCUGACAGAAACCCCUGCAGAGAAUCAAGCAAGAAGUGAAGCAGGUUUGGGCGAACUGCAGGGUUAUAAAUCACAAUCUAAUCUCUCCCAAAUAUAGAGGCAUAUUAAUGGGUUGAAGCUUAUGUAUUAACCAAAGUAUGUUAGAAAUCUAGAACGGUCAAGGUCCAGUGUGUUCUAUGUAAAGAUCAGGAGGUGGUAUCAUUGUUCGGAUUUCUAGGAAAGCUUCCAUUUCCAAAAUGCCUUUGAAAGAAGAGUAUGACAGAUUGAAAGUGUUUGAAUUUAACUUGUUUGGAAAAACUAAAAAAGAAACAAAAUGUUUGAACUACUGUAUUUAUAAUUUAUUACCUCUGACUAAUUGCUUUAUUUAAGUUAUGAAACAUUGCAUUUUUUUAAAUGUUUCCUUUGAACAAUUUAAGAACCAUAUUUAUUUUCUACAGUGUUGUCUUUUUUCUCAGAACUCCAUCUUUGUACUCUUCAGAUGAAUAUGUAGACAGUGUGGCAUACUUUGAGUAAUUUUUCAUUAUAAACUUGUAGUUCCACACAAAUAACACUAGUUCAAUUGUAUUGGGAAAAAAUUAACUUUAUAUUACAUCACAUGUACCUCAGAAGAAGUAAAAGUUUUCUGAACUUGACAGAGUACUCCAUAAUGAGUACAUUUCAUUAACUUUAUUGGAAAAUUAGUAAACUACUUUGGAGUAGGGAGUGUGACAGCUAUUUUAAAUAUAUAAAAAUCUUUGUGCCAAACAAUUAAAAUAUAUAAAGGGAUAGAAUUCCACUAACAAAUUUUAUUUUCAAAAUGUUUAAGAAAACAUGAUUGAGACACACGGCACAAUAGGUCAGGAUUCCAAGGCAUUGGGAGAAUUUUCCUCAGCUGCAAUUGUUUCCACAGUGCUUUUCAUCUGAGGAGCUCAAAGUGCUUUACGAUUCAAUAAUCUAUGUAGUAGCUCCUUGAGGCAAGUUUUUCUCAUGUUACAUGUUAAUACACUAAGGCACCAAAACAUUUAAAGUGUCCUGAAUUAGAUUACAGAGCAAAGCAGAAGAGCCCCAAUUGAAGCCAGACCACGUUCUUUUAUAUGCUGUUAAGCCACUAGUAAUUCAUAUGUGACCUCUUAGUUCGCAAACAAUAAUAAGUAGUUGCAAUUCGUAAUUUGGAGAAAUGACUGAAGCCAAUAUUUUACCCUUCCUGUCUUAUACAUUCUUGGGUUCUCACCCACAAAGGAGGAGUUACUAGAGGGGAUUGGUAGCCAUCUCUGCCACAACCAACCCUCACUUCUGAGUAGCUUCCACCAGGUUUCACUUAAGGUGCUGUCUUUGCUUAUCUUGCAAGGAUUUUUCUUGGCCUCCCAGUAUCACUGUCAAACUGGGAGCGAAGCUGGUCAGUUGCACAUCUCACCUACUCCUUUCUUUAUAAGAUAGUAAAAUCUGUAGCUUACCUGUAAGCUUUACUCAGCACCAUCAGUCCUCUUGUCUAUUUUGGCCUUUCACUGAAUUUGCACAACAUAACAAAGCACUUCUUUUUAGUAUUUAAAAAGAUCCCAAGGCUCCGUGACCAAAUAUGUGACUCACUAAGAAAUCCGUGCUAUAAAAGGCUUCUGAUGAGAUCUUAGCAGCGCUGACGCAGUCUCUGUCGGAUCAGAGAGUCCUGUGAGCUCGGGCCACUUUCAUACCCUGUUUAUUUCAUAGGUCUAAGUUAGUUCUCGGAAUAUUAAACUCAUGUCUCAUAUGACUGGAUCAUUGAAGAUACCUGAGCAUAUGUUGCUGUGGGUGGUAUGACACUCAAAUGCCUACAAGCUCCAGAGGAUUCAUUCUUAACCACUACGGUGUGAAGAGUCCUUUUCACCUAAGAGUGAAAGUCUAUCAAACCUUUUAAUUUGAUAUUGAGUAAAAAGAAACAUAUUCCCAUAGCUAUGAAAUAUGUCUGCUUCCCUUUUUUCAUAUUGAGAAAAAAUCAGAUUUAACCAUGUGGAGUUUAUUUGAAUUGUUGAAAAAGCAACAUUCAAAACCGCUUUUUCAAAAUGAGAUAUUCUGCAUUACUGGACGGAUAUUUUGCUUUCAGUUCAUUAUUUCAUCCAUAGAGAUGGUGAUUUUGACUUUACAGUACUCUUGUUUCCAUGUCUCUGCAUGUUAUCACGGAAUGUACUUGUAUAUACUAACGUAAUAUACAGAAUAUGUGUAAUUCUGGCUUGAUUUAGAAGCUAAGUCAGUUACUGAGUAACAUUUUGCAGCUUUAUUUCAGCAAGUACUAAACUGGCCAAAAAGUUCUGGUUUUGAUACCAUUAAAAUUUUAUUCUCUA